AUGGCGCGAUGCGACGGCUCGGGCUUCUGCGGCUUCGCGAAGGGUUUCUUGGUCAGUGGAAGCUCUGGAUCUCUGUCUGAUCGACCUGCUCUUGCCAAAAAUCCUGGUGGCGGGAGGACGGGGCCGCCGCGGGAGGUUGUGGAGAUCAGCUCCGACGAGGAGGAGGACGACGGAUCUACCCCCGUGGCCAGGAAGUUGCGUUUUCACGAUGCUGUUGAUGAAGGGGCCACUGGGGGCUGCGUUCUUGGUGUGGAGAAGAAGCGCGAGUCCUGUGGCGCCGGCAAGGAAGACGACGAUUGCGUGGUUCUGGACAGCGACCCUGAUGGGGUGGUGCCCGUUGGGGAGGAGAAGGGAAGUGCGGGAUUUGAUGGCGGCUUGGAUGAACUGCAGAUAGUUGCAGAGAAAGGCCAGGUAGCGUGCAGGGACUUUCCUCACUCGCGCCAUUUAUGUUCUAAAUUGCGCUUCAGCGCCACUUCUCACGUCAAGCAUUGUAGCAUGUGCUACUGUUUUGUAUGUGAUGCUCCAGCUCCAUGCAAUUAUUGGGGCAAAGGUCUCUCUACUGAUGAUCAUUGUCAUGCUACUGAUAAGGAAACUAGGUGGACAACACUGAGGCAGGCAUUCAAGUGCAAACAUCUGCCGGCAUCUCAUUCAGAGAAACACCAGAAUGUUGUGUACCCAGCAAUGGUGCCACUCAGACAGCAAGAUAUACAGCGUCAAGUCUCAGCUCUACAGUCAGAUCCAUUUUUCUUGUCAGGUUUUGGUCUCUUUUCUCUUACUAAUGGAAGCCCCCUUCUGGAUGUUGUACAUCAAAACCAACGGAGGCACAUACUUCAGGGAGUCUUACCUAAUGCAGGGCAAACUGUCGGUGCACCAAGAGUAUCCCAUUUGACAAGAGAGGGAAGAGGUAGAGACAAUGUUCAAACCACUCAAGCUACCCGCCUCCAUACACCCUGUGGACAAGAGCCGUACCAGCAGGAAGAUGACGAAGAGUACACGUCUGAGGAGGAGGACGAAGAGUACACAUCUGAGGAGGAGGACGAAGAGUACACGUCUCAGGAGGAUGGCGAGUACACAUCUGAGAAGGCCAAGGUGUACGUGGGGAACCUACACUAUGACAUUGUCCGUGAGGACCUGGACGAGCUCUUUGGGCAAGCCGGUUUUGUUGAGUUCUCAGAAGUUGUGUACAGCAGACAAACAUGGCAGAGCUGUGGAUUUGGGUUUGUCACCAUGAGUACUGUUAAGGAGGCAGAGCUAGCUGUGGAGAUGUUCAAUGGCUUUAAAAUGCACGGGAGGCGUCUAACUGUGCAGCACAAGGCAGCUCGGAGAGUCGCCCGGGUGGAAGCUCCCCUGUGUCAAUCCAAGUCACCGUUCAGACUCUACGUGGGCAAUCUGCCUUCGCAAGCGAGUGACUCUUGGUUGAAGGCGCUGUUCAGCCAGCAUGGAAAAGUGGUUGAGGCUAGAGUCGUCGACAAGGAGCAUGAUGGACGGGCCUGGCGCUCGCGAGGAUUUGGGUUUGUCAAAAUGGCGACGGAGGAGGAAUCGUACGUCGCCAUUGAGGCCCUUGACAAACAGAUAAUGGAGGGACGUCCCCUGCGAGUGGAGGUCGCGAAGGAGCGGCCGCGGUGA